CACAUCCUUGAUCAGUGGAACCAUACUUUAAAAUUUCCGAGAUUCCCAAAUCGUCCAGCUAGCAGGAUAUGUUGGAACUGGGGGCUGAGCAUGACCAGGACUUGCAGAGUGAACAGGAUGAGCAAGAGACACAUUACGUUCGGUGUGAGGAUCCUCAAGUCUCCACAUCUUUGCAGUUUUCAGAGGAGAACAUUCAUGAACUGAGUCAGGAGAACAUGUUUUUCCAGCUAAACCACUGGAACGCACAGAUGGGUCUACAAGUGAAGGAGCUCGGAGCUGAUCACGUGGGCUGGAUGAAGAAGAUUAACAAUAUUAUACAAAAAAUAGCCCUCACAGAAAACAGAGUAAAGAGCUUAUUAAAUGAGGUGAUGUCCUUGGAGGGCCAAAUUGGAAAUCUGGAGUCACACCAGGACCUUGACCCUGAUCAGGGGGCAAACAUUGAGGAGAAGAUCAUGGAAAUUAAAAAGCAAUUAGGAGAAAUGGAUAACAACUUUGUCCAGGCUGAUGCUUGUAAUGAAGCUCAUGAAUUAAAGGAGAAACUCGUUGCAAGAAUAGAGAACUUCUGCAAGGACAUGACUGUGCUGAAUACAAAGCUGGGAACAUACCAAAUGCAAGAAGGAAACACAGACACUCAGAGUCCUGAAGCAAUGGGUCUGGAAGAAAUGGGGCCCCUGCCUCUCCGGGCUCCACCACACCCUUCAGCGAAGACCUCUCCUCCUCGCAUUACACUGUGGAAACGUGCACUGAGGAUUUUCGCCAUGUUUUAUGUCCUCACCUUCACGGGACUUUCGUGUUACAUACUGUUGUUUGAUGCCACAUUCAUCUUUGAAAGGGUGCUGCCCACAAUGCUUGGGCACCGCAAAAUGUGGGAACUACGGGAGAUGAUCACACCUUUCUUAAAUUUGGAAGUGGAAGACUUGUUACCCUCCUAACCUUCUGCAGGUGCUGUUACCCUACUAA